AUGGCGGACAGAGAAGAAAAUCGAAGAAAGAGCGGUGAUUCCAAGAGUUCACAAGCAGCAAAGGUAAAUCUUUGAGGUUGCGAGAUGAAUUAUAAUCAGCUCAUUCCCUGAAUAACUUUCUGGUGGGAAUCGUGAUACGUACUAAUAACAGAAAUGCAAUAAUCUCGUAAAUUAUAUAUUCAAUGGAUUGAAAGUUGUUUGCAUUGUCAAUUGAAGUUUUAUGAUUAGUGACUGUCAGGGUGGCUAGAACUCUGAACAUUUUGACCAGUCGAAGCUUCCUUAAGCGGACACCCUCGGGAAGCAGAUUCAGAGUCCAUAAUUGGUGCUGGCCGUUUAUGGAAAUGGGUUUUGCAUGCGGAAAAAUCGAAAGGAGCUUUUACAAAAUAAAUUCAAGAGGGGGGGCGUAAGGGGGGUACGAAUACCGCAAUACCGCACAUGGAAGCGCGAGAAUACCGCAAUACCGCAUCAAAAUUUAGCCAAAUACCGAAACCGCAGUUACAAAUGGGAAAAAGUUGACGUUGCCAAUACUAAAAAUCCUCCUUUCAAAUAGAAAUAAUGCUUUUAUGCCAGUGUUUCCAAAUCAAGGUGUGUCGAUGUCAAGCGUACGAUAAACAUAAGAUCAUCGCACUCGUUUAACUUUGUUCAUUACAUGUAUAUGUUUACGUAAAUGAUACAACAGGAGUUUUCUAGUAUUACUUUAUAUAUUACUGGACCUGGAUCAUAAACGGACGGAAAACAGUUGCCUCUUAUGAGGUUGUUUCAGAUUCACAAUUAACUCGGUUCUGUGUUGAGGGUUUCGAAACGUCAAUCCGGGCUGCCUUUUGGAUUCGAAGGGCGCACAGCACACACUAGCCUGCGUAGCACGGAGAAUUUGGUUGUGCGCGCUAAAUUAUAAAGGUGGGCGCGAGCGAGGAGAUUGGGCGGGAGCUGCUUCGGGGGGCGGGGACUUGGGCUAAUUUUUGCUUGGUAUGUGCUGUUGGCCUCUCAGAGCCCCUAAACCAUCAUAGUCUAUUCUAUGGCCCAUUAUAGACCCCAUCUUACUCACUUUUGAACAAAUACAAAUAUUUAAUUUUCGCGAUCCCAACUUCGUCCGACUUUCUAUUUUUAUGAAUUGAUCAUUUUUUUAGACUGAAUGAAGAACACUUUACUUUUCAUCUACAAUACAAGCAUUCUGGUACCUUUGCUAACCGUAAAUAUGAAGAACUGUCUUACCCCAAAAAUCAGAAAAUGUGUGACCCCAUUCUAGUAACUCUGAAAAGCGACCCCAUUAUAGUCAAUGCAGUCGUGAAAAUGCGACCCCAUCCAGCGGCACAUCCUCAUUAACCUCCCCCAAUAUCAGGAAGUACCCCCCCUCCUCCCAUCCCCGGGCCGAUAUGCUACGUAGGGUAAGCACACACGAAUACUAGUACAUUCUAUAUUCCUGCAUGCACAACGAGAAGGACGAGUAAUAAUUUUAGACCACACCAUCUUCAUAGAUUAUCUUUCGACACUACGCAAUUUAUAACGACCUCACUGACCUCACUAUUUGCUGGAAUAUCUGACUGAUCACUUAGUUGAUCAUCUGGAUCGCUCGCGAUUGUUUUGCGACUGGCACGAAAGUGGCGGUAAGAUUGGUAAGGAGGUUAAGCAAGCUGACUAUUCCCACAAGGUCACUGAAGUCAUAAAUAAUGCGACAUGUUUACGUAUCAUUGGAUAAAAAAGUUAAUGUCGUUAAUCAUAUCAAGUGUUAACUGAAAUUACAAGCCAUACGAUUUGUCUGCACUGUUUGGGCAAUACGAUCCCCGACUGUGCAACUAUAGGAAGACAGGCGGGUCACGCAGGCUAGCCAGGGAGACCUUUGGUAUCCUCUUGUCAUGAAAAAGAAGCAGAUCACCGCGACACAACAAUUUUUUCACCGACUACCGCGACAUAAAAUUUAAACUUACCGCACACCGCUUGGACUCUGAAAACCGCAAUACCGUACUUUGAAAUAAAAAUUACCGCAACACCGCACCAAAAAUAACUCAAUACCGCAAUACCGCAAACCCUUACGCCCCCCUCAUUCAAGUCUCAAAGUCUCAGAUUUUAGUCUUGUAUCUUGCGACUGUAUCACACAGUCUUCAUCAGCAAUAAAUGCUCAAUGUUGUCACGCGAAUUAGUCACGCGACAACAAAUAAUUAUGAACUUCCCGCAAUUUUUAAACAUUUGUUGUCAUGUGACUAAUUCACAUGUCAGCAUUGAGCCUUUAUUGCUGAUGAACACUGUGCGAUAUAGUCGAAAGCUACAAGACUAAAAUCUGAGACUUUGAGACUAAAAUUUAUUUUGUCAAUUUUGUUUACCAAAUUCAAGAAUGAACUUUCAUGGAAUUAAAAGGGGUUUUGUCAUUGCCAGCUCUAAGUAGAGCUCUACACUUCCAAGACUAUAUGGUAACAGGGCUUCAAUUGUUAACUGAUAUAAAUUUUGCAGAAGGCAAGAAAAUCUAGGAAGCGCAGUAUCAGUUCUGACAGUUCUGAAAGUUCACGGACCUCUAGCAGUUCCAGCAGUCCAGUAAGGUAAGUGACCUCACAAAGACAGCUAAUUAGGAUGAGAUGUGAAAUCGCUGCAAAGCUUACGAAAAGAAUGGAAAGGUCCCUUUGUUUUUUGAGACCAAAAGUAGAAGGGAAUUCAAAUACAACUGAAAUUGGUUUGACUCUCCCUUCCUUCUACAGUAGUCAUGUUUACUCAACUUUGCCUGCUGAAUAUGUAUUAGCUGUCCAUUGAUCUCCAAGGAUGAGGUGAUCAUGAUAAUACAGUCUGAUAUUUUUUUCCUAGCAGCUAUGCACCUCAAGCAGAAAUAAAAUUUUACCCAUGUGUAGAAGGAAGAUAAACGCCCCUGAGGUUCUGCAGAAAAUGAAACUUAGACACAGACCAGAAAAACUCUGACCCCCACCUACAAGCACUUUUUUGAAAAAUGAGGCCAAAAGAACUGAGACUCCUGUAUUUCUAGCAAAUGCAUCAUUUAUUUUUAAGGUGUCUUAAAGCUCAAAUCUGUAAAAAGUCCCUUAGGGCAGUAUUAAAGAAUUCACAUUUCUGUCCAUAGAAAGAAAUCAAGAAAUUCCAAAUCAAAAAAGAGAAGAUCAAAGAGAAGUCCAUCAACACAAAGUAAUAGCAGUGAUUCUAGCAGCUCAGAGAAAAAUGUAAGCAAACAGAAGAAAGUUAAGAGAAGUGAAGAAAAGAAAAAGAAGGUACUGUAUUUCUCAACUUAUACUGUAUUUUUGUUCAAAGUCUCUAUUUUGCUUUCUCUUCAUGCACCACUUUGUAAUAAUUUAUCUUUAAGAUUUAUACCAUCGGUUCUUGUAAUUUUUGAGAAAUGGCUGGGCUUUUCUUCUAAAUUGCUUUGUAUUUUCUCAGGAAGCAAGAGAAGAAUUUAACAGUACAUGAUGUACAGAAAAUAAUUCAUUCAAAAAUGGAAUUUUUUCUUUUUUUAUGAAUGGCCACUUUAAGGCAUGUUAUUUGGCCUCUAUUGUGAGUGAAAGAGUUAUGUAGAAUACUUUUUUUGCCCGUGAGACUUCACCAUUUUGUCCAAGGAUGUUGCUGUUGCUACAUGAGGCCCUGCCAGGGUAAAUUCCGACAAGCGACAUGGCCCAAAAAGUAGCGACAGUGCGUAAAAUGAAAUCGCGACAAGAGACAACCUCCCUUGGCCAAAUUGCGACAGUGAUGGCAAAGCAGGCGACAUGCAGGCAGGCGACAUGGGACCCCCCCCCCCUGGCAGGGCCUCCUACAUGUAUGAAAAAGCUAAGCAGGCUCCUUUACUCAACUGCAUCUUGAAAAUUACCCCUUGUCUUUGUUUUCUAGAGCAGUUUGAAUUGUUAGUAAGCUCAUUUUCAGCUGUCUCCUAGCUACAUCCCUGUAUUUCCUGUAAACUAGAUGUACAUUGGUAUGUUUUAUCUUAAAGGAUAAAAAGGAAAGGAAAAAGAAAAAAAAAUCCAAGGAUAAAGGAAAAAAGUCAUCUAAAUCAGCUGUCAACCAGCAGAAAUAUGGAAAAUACGGUAUCCUUAUGGAAAGCGACAUGUUUAGCAAACAACAAGAAUUUUAUUUGUGGCUUCAAGAAGUAAAGAAAGCAAAUCCAGAAACCCUUCCAAGAUUUGAGAUGAAAAAGAUGUUUGAUACCUUUGCAGAAGAUUACAAUACUGUCACUUUACCACAUAAAAAGUAUGGAUUUCUUUGUUUUACCAGUAAUAUAAUACAUGAAGUAAUAUUAGACAACAAAGUCAAUGCUGUGUUCUGAAAAGCUUUGUUCACACUAUAUACUGAAUAGCUUUUGUACCAACACAAAAAGCUAUUAGGUAUGGUAUGAACACCAAUAGAGUUCUAAAGUGUGACAUCGUAAAAAAUUAAAUUUGUGAAAUUAUGGGAUUUGGCAGGAUAUUGUGAAAGAGCAACAUCCAAGAGGCCCACUUGUCAAAAACUAGUAUUGUAGGGCAGAUUGUCUCUGAGAUAUUAGCCACUUUCUGGUCUGAUGACUCCAUGCAAAUCCUUCUAAAUUAAAAAAAAUUGACUUGGGUCUAAACGUUUAGACCCAAGUCAAAUUUAGCAGGAUUUGUGUGGAGUCAUCAGAGCAUAACUGGCCUAAUAUCUCAGAGACAAUUUGCCCCUCAAUACUAGUUUUUGGCAAGUAGGCAUCUUGGACAUUGUUCUUUCAGAAUAUCUUGACAAAUCCCAUGAUUUCACAAAUUUAAUUUUUAUGACGUUAUCACUUUAGAACUCUAUGACCCAGGCCUGAAAACGUCAUUCACACACAUCAAACAUUGUGCCCAAGUGGUUGGCCAAGAGGUUUGACGAACUAAAUCCCAGUCCUCAGUGCGGAAUAUUUACUUUCGUGUCAGUGGGUGCUAGUCCUCAGUCCUCACAUUCCAAAUAGUUAUUCACACUACACCAAAGUAUGGCACAGGACCUAUCUGAUAUGUGCAGCUUCGCUCCGCCACAAAGAACGCGCCGAAAUCACUAUUCUUGUGUGUGAACAGAAGCCCUAUAAGGUAUGAUUUUCAUGCCAAUGCAAAAGCCAUCAGGUGUUGUGUGAACAGAGCCUAAGAAUAACAGAAGGGAGACAAGCGUCCAAAGCUGUAAAUUUCUGAAAUUCAGGGUGCCCUGCAUUUGAAUUGAGUUUUCUAGUUGUCUAAGUGCCAAAGUUACAAAUAUGUAGCUGUCAGUGACCUGCCCAGCGUUGACAGUGUUUCUUUAUAAAAGCAGUUUUUUUUGUAAGCCUAGAGGGCCAUAUGUUGACUGUUAUUACUGCCUGCUGUAACUGCAAUUUUCUAUGUAUUUCUUACAGGUUUUAUGACCUUGAAAAAUGGGAAACUAAGCAAAGAGAAAAAGGAAAGAUGAAGGCCAUCAAGAAAGCACAAAAGCAACAAGUUUCCUUUGAGAAUGAUGAAUUACAACACAAAUCUCUACACUCGAGAACAGGUGGCCCAGGUAAGGAGAACUGUAAAAAAGAAUCAUGCCAUAAAUAAAAAUUAUGCUGCAUGUAGUUUAUGGUAUACAGUGGUGUACUAUGGAAUAUCCUAUGUGUAUUGGCAGAACUGCAAAAUAAUAGUCAAAGGGCAAUGCCCAACAGAGAUUUUCCCACCUCUGAUGAAAUCCUACCUGCAAAAACAAUGACUAGAGAUUUUGUAGCUGAAGAUUUGCAUUGUAGUCAGUCAGGAAAUGAAGUAAUGAUCUGAGUAAGAUGGGAAGUAUUUCUUUUGUUUUGGCACAAUACGCUUUUGUCACAUAGGAAUGUUUUCAUUUUCACACAUAGAAUGCAUUAACCUAAGAAAAGGCAGUCGAUCUACAAAAUAAAAUAUAUUUAAACUCCUUAUUUAAAGGGUGUUUUUUGUGUUAAAAGAAUUGAAGUGAUCAUAAGACUUUCCAACAUUAGCCAAGAAAAGUUUACAAUAAUAUUUUAAAUGUUCCUCAGAUAGGAUUUCUGUGUUACUUAGACUCAGAUGAGAUUUUGUUAUGAGGACGUUGGUUUAUAGAAAACAAGGGAUUAAUAUACAUGCUGCUUGGCGAAGAUUUCAUAAAUUUGAUGUUUUAACCAAUCAAUCAGAAGUGUAGUAGAGACAGUAGUAAAGUUCUCACCUUUUUCACAUUCCAAUAUGUUCGUUAUGUUUUUCUCUUUUCUUCUUAUCUGGACCGUUACUUAAAAGUCUACUGUAAUUUACCUGAAUGGCUGACAACUUGUCUGGUUUGCCUGACUGAAAUGAUAACCUGAUCAGAAACAGGUCCUUCUCAGAAAAGAAACAUUACAACAUUGUUUUUGCAUGCCUUCAUGACACACUUUUACUUUCUUGGUUGAUGUAUAUGCUAGCUUUUUAGCAGAGACGUACUAAGUGAAGCAUAGAAUACUCCAUGGUGUGUUUAAGAAACCAUAACCUGUACAGAACUUUACCUUAGAAAAUAGUAAAAGGGCCUGCUACUAUAGCCAAAGCUAAAUUUUAAAGGUUUUUUUCAGAUACAUUAAAACCAUGUGACUACAUUGGUGUAAGAACCUGGAUUUUAAGAACCUGUUAGGCUAAAAAUAGGCCCCUUUAUAUAAGAACCUGUUUAGCCUUAAAUUUGAAACAGGUUCUUAUUUUCUAAAAUCUAUGAAGUCAACAUUCAGAAUCCUCUUUGGAGACACACUUGCCUUAUCACUCCAACUGCAAUUUAAAUGCCAAUGUGGUCAAUGAGGUCAAUUCUUUAGUUCUUCUUUUUAUGGUCAUUUUUACAUAUUAAAAUCUUAUUUGGUAUGCAGAUGUUAUAUGAGGAAUAAGCUGAACCACUAAAGACUUGAUUAGCUAUAUUGCAUUUUUUUCUUCAGAAAAGAAGAACCUAUUUUUAAAAAUAUUUUAGUAAGAACCUAAAUAGCCUAAACUUGAGAUAACUACCAUUUAUAUAAGAAUCUGUUCAGGCUAACUUGGAAAAAUCCAGGUUUUUAGUCAAGGGGUUUUUACUGUAUUGUUAUAACAGUUUAAAUUCUUUUUCAGUAGGCUUUACAUAUUAUUCAGUUUAAUCACAAUACAAGAGUUCCAGAAAAAUUACAUUAGUCAAUGUUUAAGUUGAGAUUCUGGUCUGAAAUGUUCAGCAUGAACCUAUAUGAGUUGUUUUUUAGCCUUUUACCUAACAAGAAGUACCAUAACUUAAAAACAAUGAUAAAUAAUUUCAUGCAGCAGGUUUCUCACAUUAAUUAGCGGCUGCAUUUCCUGUGGUGUAGAAUAAUAAUAUUCAAUCUAUAUUUUAAGACGACAGUUAUACAGUGUAGUUGCAUAUUAAUUUUUAUAAUAAACUAUCUCAAACUUUGAGGAAAGGAUCAAGGUAAAGAGCUUUUGUUCCUUAUAAUUUUCUUACAGGGAUGAGCAGAGAUGAUUUGCUUGAAAUGCAAAAAGUUAUGAGAGAAAGACAACAGGAGGAUUAUAAGAAAAAAGCUGGCUGGAAAGUGGAUGAAACGAAGGGUGUACGAUAUCAGACAAUCCUGCCCUGA